UAAAGUAAUUAAAAAUGGUAAGUAUUCUCUAAAACCAGUGUUUAUUCUCUUCUAUUUCUUAGUACAGAAUUAGCAUAGAAUAGCUGUUUUUUGUCAUCCUGAAGGAAGAGCCUUGGGGCAAGAAUUUAAUCAGGUUUUCUGUGAAUCCUUACUGAAAGACACCAUUUUAAUCACUCGUUUUAGUUUUACGAUACACUUCCGAAUUUUGACGGUAAAUAUGACCUGAAACAUCAUCUUGGAUAUGGAGGCACCUCUUCAGUGUUUCUCUCUGAUCUAAACGGCCAUGAUGUGGCUGUAAAAUGAGUUAGGAAGGAUAAGACUCUUUCUAGAGAAACGGAGAAAAUGUUGGUUUUAAGGGAAGCUGAAAUUAUCAAAAAAAUAGGAUUCCACCCUAAUAUUAUCAACCUAGUUGAGUCUUACCCAGAAGGAAUGCACGAUUACUUAGGAGUUACAGAAGAAGUCUCCUAUAAUGUAUUAGAGUACUGCCCUAAUGGAAGCCUGUACGAUUUUGUUAAGAGAAAUGGACCACUUGGUGAAAAUGAAGCUUGAUUCUAUUUUAAACAGCUGGUUUAUGCAGUAAAGCAUUUGCAUGAUAACAACAUUGCUCAUUGAGAUAUAAAGCCAGGAAACAUUUUCUUUGAUGAAUACUUCAACAUAAAGCUAGGAGACUUUGGCUGAGCCUUUGCUUUUGAGAGCAAACAAUAUGGAGUAACACGGUGUUUAGGAACAAAGUCUUAUAUGGCUCCAGAAGUCUUUAAGGCGUCAAAAGAGACUCCUUACAGUCCAUUUAUCGCUGAUAUAUUAGCUUUGGGAUGAACUCUUUACUUCAUGGUGACUGGCAAGAUUCCAUUGAACUCAGAGACUUGCUCUUCGUCUACAGAGGAAGACUCUGAUGAUAUUUGCUCACCUUCAAAUGUGUAUAUUGGGAACCUUGAAGAGCUGGAUCUCAUGGCUUAUGAUAUGAUUGAAAGGUGUACUUCUAAAUGUACAAGAGACAGACCUGACAUUGAGUGAAUGUCUACCCACCCUUGGUUUGAUGACAGGAGAGACCCUGAUCACUGAACCAAAAUUUUUGAUUACAUGAAGUCAAGAUCCUAGGCAUUUAAUAGGAUCUACUUUAAUCUAAUUUAGAUGAUAAAUUAUUAAGAUAAGGUCAUACUAAUUCUUGCUAAAAUUUAACUUUCAUAAAAAUUAUAA